UCAUGUAUAUUUCAUGGAAAACAAGGACAUUUCUAAGUGACCCCAAACAUUUGAAUGGUAAUGUAGCUAUUUGAUUAACCAUUCCUUGACUACUAUCUAUUUGCCCUCACAUAGUUUUUGAUACCUAACUAGGCUGAUUUAAUUAACUUGGCUUUGUUUCAUCAUUAAUGUGUGAUAAAUAUAAUACGACAAAAAAUUGUUUCAAAGUGUAAGAUGUUUGUAAUGAGACGCAGAGUGGCUACGUCACGAUAGUUGAGACCCUCACAUUCAACCUGGAUCUUAAUAUUUGGACUUGAAAUGCAUUUCUUUGAUUGGUCAGAUUACAAUAACCUUGUGACUCAGACUUUUUCUUACAGUACAUGCAGAGUAUUCAGACAUGACCAAAUUCCAGUCCUCUCUCUUCUGAAUUCUUGUUACCUCACUUGAGAAUGGCCAUGUGAAAUUGUCAGGGUAGAAUUUACAUCAACAGUGUGCCUUCGUUAUUGGCACCAUUACUCCUUUCACACACUCUUCACUCACUGUCAUCCCACGACAAUGGGAAGGCCGGGAUGGCCGUUGUGGGGCCAAAGGACUGCUUUUUAUUUGAAUGGAUGAUAAACCGUCUUGAUUAAAAUACAUACACUAUACAUUUGGCUCUAAAUGCAAUAUGGUAACACCAUUCCGUGCUAGGUGAUUUUAAACAUAGUCAGAUGGGUUGCUAUCCCUCCAAGGUUCAUGUACUUCCUCCAGGAGUUUGUUGUCCACAGGAGAGACUGGGAAUGGGAAGCCAAAACUCACCAGCGACACCCUGACUGGAUAAGUGUUGGGGCAGGACCAUGUCGACACUGAGGAUGGCUAUUCCAUUCUGCUCUGUUUAAGACCAUUAGCCAUUUCAUUCUUGACAUCUUUGUCACCAGUCAGGGCUGUCCAGAAGUAUAAUGGAGAUGUAUUGAUGCUGUUUUCUGUGCGCUUUUCCAUGUGUUAAGUGUGAGGGUUUUAUGUUCAAUGUUUUGAUUUAGGGUUAGCAUUAGCAUUCAUGCUUAAGGUAUAGGCUAGGAUUAGGACUAUGUGUUAGGGAAAAUAGUUUUUUUAUUAGUUAUCACUUGUAGAUCCUCACAAGUAGUGAUACCAAUGUGUGAGAUUGUGUGUGUAUCCUGUAAUUGGGAUGUGCUGCUGGGUAGUCUUGGAAUGUCUUGACUUCCUGUACACUUUGUGAUUGGCCCUAAAUUGACCUGCUGCUUCCUGGCUAGAUGCCAUGUGUCUGUAAUGUUAUUAUUCUUCUCUGUCUCUCUUUCCAUUCUUUCAGUCUGUCUUUCUCUCUAUUAUUUCGCUUACACCCAUUCUACUUCCUGAUAUAUAAACAUGGUCAUUACAUAGACGUACUACCCCAGACAUCAGUACAGCUGUACAGAACGUGAGAGACAAUCAAUGCUGGCAGAGAUAGCAUGCCCAGUAAAGCGGUUGUAUAGAAACUAGACGUUUCACUAGAUUUGAUCUAUCUGUUGAUUUACAAUCUCACCCCAGACCAACGGGCAGGAAAAUAUCCUCUGUUCACUUUUCACUAGAACAUGUUAUAUCUCCAGACAAUCAGAAUUGAGUGUUAUUGUUGUGAACUUGCAUGAAAUCUGAAUUCUGUGUCAUGUGUUCCCCAGGCCUGGGCCUCAGGGUGGGGCAGAGUGAGGUGGGCAAGAGGCCAGCCUCAGCUUCUGUUCUCGUAGCCCCCCAGUUAACCCUAGCCCUGUCUGAAGUGCAGAGGAACCAUGAGCACAGGCAAGCCCAGUGGAAUCAAGCCGCCAAGCAAGAUAACCAGGCCAACCGGGUUACCAACACGCACAUCCCCUUCCUCUGUUUUUUCAGGUGCUCCGAAGCCGGUUCCUCCAGAGAAGUCUCCCACCCAGGAUGGCGCUGUGGACUACCAGGUGGGUGAGAAGGUGUGGGUCAACGGGAACAAGCCAGGACACGUCCACUACUUGGGGGAGACGCAGUUCGCCCCUGGCCAGUGGGCUGGCAUCGUCCUGGAGGAGGCCAUUGGGAAGAACGACGGGUCGGUGGCAGGGGUCCGGUACUUCCAGUGUGAGGACGGUCGGGGGAUAUUCACGCGGCCCUCCAAGCUGUACAAGACGGCCGUGCCGGAGAGGGAGGCCAACGGCGGGCAGGCUAACUCGGCCGAGGCGGGGGCCAACUCCCUGAGCUCUGCUGCUGUUGGGCCAGAUGGUACCAUGGGUAACUUCACCAAGACGCCGCUGAGCAGGACCCAAACAGGCAGUGGCUCAAUGUCCAACCUCUCGGAGACGGACUCGGCCAAGAAGACCAGGAGAGAGCUGAGACUGGGAGACCGCGUGCUGGUGGGGGGUACCAAGGCAGGGGUGGUGAGGUUCAUGGGGGAGACAGAGUUUGCCAAGGGGGAGUGGUGUGGAGUGGAGCUGGACGAACCUCUGGGGAAGAACGACGGAGCCGUGGCUGGAACCAGGUAUUUCCAGUGCCUGCCGCGAUACGGCCUGUUUGCUCCGGUCCAUAAGGUGACUCGCAUCGGCUUCCCUAGCACCCUGGCUAAAACCAAGGGCUCCUCCCUGAGACGCUCCACUAUGAAGAGGAGUCCAAGCGCCUCCUCCAUGAGCUCACUGAGCUCUGUUGCCUCCUCAGUCAGCGGGAAACCCAGCCGUGCCGGCCUGCUGACAGAGACCUCGUCGCGGUACGCUCGUAAGAUCUCUGGCACUACAGCGCUACAGGAAGCGUUGAAGGAGAAGCAACAGCACAUCGAGCAGCUAUUGGCUGAGAGGGACAUGGAACGCGGGGAGGUCGCCAAGGCAACAAGCCACGCCGGGGAGGUGCAGCAGGAGUUGUCGCUGCUCACGAAGGUUCAGGAGCAGUAUGCUGUAGAGAUGGAGGCAAAGCUGGACCAACUACGUAAACUGGUGGAAACGGCCGACAGGGACAAGGUGGAGCUGCUCAACCAACUGGAGGAGGAGAAGAGGAAAGUGGAAGACCUGCAGUUCACUGUGGAAGAAGCUUGCAUUACUAAAGGUGACCUGGAGACGCAGAACAAACUGGAGCAUGCCCACAUUAAGGAGCUUGAGCAGAGCCUUCUGUUUGAAAAGACCAAAGCUGACAAACUACAGAGGGACUUAGAGGACACUAGGGUGGCCACCGUGUCAGAGCGCUCCAGGAUCAUGGAGCUGGAGCGAGAAGUAGCGGAGCUGCAGUUGAGAUUACGUUCCUCCCAGCAGACAGAGGUCGCUGUGUCACUGUCACCAGAGGAGGUCGGCAACCUCAAGGCUCGGGCCCAGUCCCAGGAGAAGAAGAUCAGUGAACUUAGUGUGGAUCUGGACAGCAGGCAGAAACAGCUUCGCUCUGCGGAGGAGGACAAGACCUCCCUGGAACAACAGCUAGUCAGUCUGAGACACAAACUUGAGGCAGCAGAGGAAGUAAACAAGAGGACAACACACAUAAUGCAAGAGCUGGAGAAGAGGCUGGAACAGACUGAACUGGAGAGGGAGGCCCUGAGAGAGGAGAACUGUCACAGAGAGAAGGAGCUUCAGGAUAAACUGAUGCAGGCCGUUGAGUUAUCGGACAGGACCACCCACUUACUGGAACAGCUGACCAAUGAGAAGACUGUGCAGGAGGCUCAGCUCGAGGCGCUGAAGCAGCAGAAUUCCAAAAUCCAGGAAGAGCUCAGUCUGUCACAGGAGCGGAGCAGAUCGGAAAACAAGCGCAUCGGAAAUCUGUGCAAGGAAAUCGAGGAACUGAAGCUGGCCAGUCAGAAGACGCACCAUACAAACAUGAAAGACAGGGAAACUCUGUCCAAUCAGGAGUCAGGGGAGGACACAAACUUCCAGAGGACAGAUAAGGACCAGGAGUUGGAGACUCUGAGGAAUGAAAUUGAGGUUCUGCGAGGUGAGAACGCUGUGGCCAAGACACUGCAGUCUGCUGUGGAGACGCUGGAGAAAGACAAAGCCCAGCUACAGGAACGCGUCACCAACCUGGAGCGGAGGCUCAUUGGACGGCAGGCGUCCGAGGAAGGGGACAGCGGAGUUCCUUCCUCAAGCGACGCAGCUCUGGACCAGCUCAGAGAAGAAAAGGAGUUUGCAGAGGGACAGAUUAACUUCCUGAACAGUGUGAUCGUAGAUCUUCAGAGGAAGAAUGAGGAGUUGAAGGUUAAGCUGAAGAAGAUGGCCCUGGCUGAGUUCAAUGGCAACGACGGCACUGAUGGCUUGGAGGAGGGUGGAUGUAAAAAGGGCAGGAAGGCUCCGCCUCGUCUGUUCUGUGAUAUCUGCGACUGCUUUGACCUCCAUGACACAGAGGACUGCCCCACCCAGGCCCAGAGCCCCGACUCCGUCCCCCACUCCUCCUUCAAAGGCAAACCUGCCGACCAGCGGCCGUACUGCGACAUCUGUGAAGCCUUCGGUCACUCCACAGAGUCCUGCCAGGACGACCAGACCUUCUAGAUCCACUCGGAUCCCACUUCUGUCCAGAUUAUGAACGGGCCCUGUGCAGAACACCAAACAACCCUUUGUCUUGGUUUUUAUAUUGUAUUUAUGUACAUCACUGUCAUAGACCACUCAGUAACCCCAACUCACCCAGUACACAGGACUGUCCUACUACUCCCUUUGUCUUUUUUCUUCUUCUUCUUUCUCCAACUUCCUGUCCUCUGUCUACUCCCUUUUCAUUCAGAUAUAUGCUGCUGCAGUUAUUAUCAAUAUAAAAAGGAUGUUUGUCUUCUUAUUAGUUGAUUAUUAUUGAUAGAGGAGAGACAGGAAAAGAGUGUGCUGAAAGAGCAGUGGGUCGGAUUCAAACCCAUUCUGUAUUGGUACAUAUGCGCCGGAGGCAGCUGUUUACACCGCCAGACAACUUAUUCUGUUGUAAAAUGUAGCAUGACUUGGUUUUCUAUGUCCAUUUGAUGGCUCAGAGUGUUGCGAAGGGCCUGGAUGAUCCAGGCAGGUUCACACGCUAAUAGAACUAAUAAUUUAUGUUUCUCCGACACGUCACUGUGUUCACAUGUUCCAGUGUGCUGUAGCCAGGCCCUGACAUCCACUCCACUAAGGGAACUAGCUAAUACCACAGUCCAUCUGUACUAACAGAAUGUUUUGGAACCAAGGAGGUACUCUGCACAAGCAAAUUAUAUAUAUAUAUAUAUAUAUA